AUGCAGCUGUCUGUGAAGAGUGUGAUAAGCAUCAUUUUAUCUAUAAUCGGGAUACAUGGAAUCAUCAUAAACUCCGCCAUCCUCUCUGUGUACAUCAGACUCUGGAGAACGAGCAAUAGACUCGGAGCCAGUGACCCAAUCCUGCUCUCUAAGGCUCUCACCAAUCUCCUCCUGGUGGGCACUACGUUGCCUAUCUAUUACUUGUUAAAUGUUUACACCCAAAUAAACACAGAAAUAUUAUUACCGGUGGAUUAUGUCCUGUUUGUCCUGUACAAUAUGAGUUUGUGGAACACCGCCUGGCUCUCCAUCUGCUACUGUGUGAAACUCGUCACCGUUACCCACCGGAUCUUCCUCUGGGUGAAAAUGUGGUUUCCCUCUUCCAUCUCCAAACUCCUCAUAGCAUCAGCAAUAUGGUCAGUUCUGAUGACUUUGCCAUUUAUAUGGACAGCAGAGAUGAUAUUUCAGCAGAAUACAAAUGUUACUAAUGGGUCAAUCAUUUUUGCAAUGACGGUGGAUCUCCCAUAUUGUGUGGUGAACAUACUGCUCAGUUACGUCCUGCCCUUUACCCUGACUGUCAUCUGUAUUGGGCUCAGUGUGACGUCUCUCCUGCACCAUGUCUGGAGGAUCAGGCAGAACGUGUCCCAGGACAGCUCAUCCCCUCAGCUCCAGGCUCUUGUUCGGGCGGCUGUGACAAUGAUUCUGCAUGUGCUGUUGGACUUGGUCUUCCUAAUCACUGAAGUGUACAUGUUUGCUGAGUCGUUCUAUGUCAGCCCUGUGCUACUGAUACUAUUCUGGGUGUUUUUCUUCUCAUAUCCAUCAGUACAAGCUUUCAUACUAAUCUUUGGAAACCCCAAAUUAAAGAGAAUUCUCUUCAGAUGA